AGGGAGUUUGUGCAUCACAUAUUUGAUUCUUCAAACCACAACUAGUAAACCUGUUAAGAUUAAACCAGUAGAAUGCUAGAUAAAAGGUACAGUCGUCAGUUAUUGUUUUACAUCUUCAACGCCACUUGUUUAACAAAGAUUAUCUCAAACUAAGUGGAUACUUGUCGUUAAUUUAAAUAAUAUAUAUAUAUACGAAACCAUGUCGGACCAACACAUGUGGGAUGAUGUGCAGUUGCACAUAGCAAGAAAACAAGAUGAAAAUUUAGUUCCCUUGAAGGAAGAUUUGGCUGAGUGGAUAAACAGAACUGUUGGUAUAAACAUCAUCACGGUGGAGAAUUUCAUGAAUGUUCUUGACAACGGUGUAAUUUUGUGCAAACUUGUGACGUUGAUCCAGAAAAAAGCAGAGAGCUUCCGUCGUGAAGGCCUAAUCCAAAAGGCUGUACCGUCUGUUGAUUUCAAGUGUUGGGAAAAGGCACGCUCGGCGUCUUUUUUUGCAAGGGAAAAUGCUGAAAACUUCCUCAAAUGGUGUCGUAGGUUCGGUGUUCAUGAAGCUGUUAUAUUUGAAUCUGAAGGAUUAGUACUACACACCCAACCUCGUACAGUAGUACUCUGUCUUCUGGAGCUUGGAAGAAUAGCAGCGAAAUACGGUAUCGAACCGCCGGGCCUCGUUAAGCUAGAGAAAGAGAUAGACGAAGGUGAACAUUCUGGAUUCAUAUCCACGAACUCCUCUCCAGUUCCUUCAUAUACAACAAAAGACUCUUCCCCGUUCUCAUCUCCAACCCCUAGGCGUACCCGAGCAGAUUCCCCGAACACUGAGGCAAGCACUAUCAGCCAAGAUUCGAAUACAGCGCUCUUACCUCCAUUUCCAAUAGCUCAAUCCAACAGAACACCUGCGAAAACAAAGUCGAAGAAUUCUGAUUUAGACAAAAAAGUGAUGCAGAUUGCUGAUAAUGUAUUAGAGGACAAAAGUCAGAUAAAGAGAAUUUCAGAAGGUCGCUACAGUAUUGCUGGGAAAGGUGUUUUUGUGAGACUGUUGAAAGGUCGUCACGUAAUGGUUCGUGUGGGUGGUGGCUGGGACACUUUGGAGCACUUUUUGUCUCGUCAUCACGUAAGUGAUCCUUGUCAGGUGAAAAUCAUCGAUAGAAAACCAUCAUGGACAGAUUUUCAUUCACGAUCGCCAGCAGUGUUAUCCAACGGUGCUGAUUCCGAUACUUUUCUCCAUAUCAAAGCCAAAUAUAGAAAUUCUCUAUCAAAUAUGUCUGCCACUUCCAAAUGCCGACAGAAGUCACUGGAUAUCUGAUACAAGUUUUCAUAAACCGCUCAAAGUAAUUGGACCACGACAGAAUCGUUCGUACAAAACAAUAAUUGAAUCUUUCGGUGUUUUAAAAAUUCCAUGCGUGAAUAUUGUAACCUGUAGACACUAUAUUUUUUUAAAACUCAAAGAUCUAAUUGAUUGAAAUAUAUAAAUCAUUUUUGUCCACUAAUUUUUACAGAAAGGUUGUGCUCAUGCUUUUCUCAGCAGACACGAUUGAAGAAUGACAUUUGUAUUAAUCUAUAAAUACACGUCAACUGAUGUAAACUGUAAAGGUGAUCAUCUUCUGUUUGACGUUAGGUUACAUGUGAGUUGUCUUUAGGAAAGUUUCUCUUCAGAGCAGAAAAAUCUUGAUAUUUUUGGCAUUUGAAGUUUGCUUAUUUCAAAGCGCUCAAUACGAAAUGUGUAAUAUUAAGUGCUUGUUUUUAGGGGUAGCUUUUAUUAAUGUUUUAAUAAAAUAAAAAUAAUUAUAUUGAAAGUAAUGAAAUUUUAACUAGAAUAUUAGAAAUUUGUUUAUACCAGUAACUGAUAUGAAAAAUAUAUUACAAAAUAUUUUUACCUUAUGUUUCAUAAUUUCUUUAAAAUAUUAUAAAAAAUCUAACUUGUUUCUAUUAGUAACAUCUAGUCAAACCUUAGUUAUUAACUAAAAAAUCGUUUUAUAGAAUAUAUUAUACUUUUUAUUAAUAUUUUAUACAUAGAAAGUCGACCGAAAACGAUUUUUUAGACGUCUAGCUAGGUCACCAAACUUAAUUUUAUAGCUUAUGAUCCAGCAGUUUAGUUUUAACAACACAAUUAUGGUGUCUAGCAAUUUAACUUUUAGUGUUUAGUGUGAAUGCUUGUGAAUGUUUGGUGUGAAUGUUUUUUGGGUAUUUUUGUUAAGAAAAUUUUUGGAACAUUAUUUUGUAAUUUGAUCGCAUUCAUAUUCACUCAAUUACAUAUCAUCGAAAAAUGGCUUUUGUAUUAGUCUUUUUUUCUGUAAGGAAUUACGUUUUAUAUAGUGAUUGUAUGUGACAGACCAAGCCUAUAUAUAUUAUUAUGUAUGUUUUAACGUGUGAGUUUCUAAUGUACCUACGAACUUCUC